AUGUCAGUACAUGAUCCUAUAUCACGAAAAAGAACACUUGAUAAUAAUAAUAAUCAAGAAUCAGGAGAAACUAAUAAAUCAAAAAUGAUAAGGAGUGGCGAAAUAUCUAAUAGCUCAAAUAAUGAUGAUGGAUUCUCUCAGAAGAUGUAUUCUGCAUAUGUUAAAUCUGCAUUAUUAGCCUUAGAAAAGGUAUGUUUUGAUGGAAAAUUUAAUAUUAUGUUUGGAUAAUUUUUCAAUACUAACUUCUCUGUAGCAUGAUCCAUCUCAAAUUCAAGUCAUAACUGAUAAAAUAGAUAGUCAAUCAAAUUCAAUUAAUAUUUCUCAUUUUAUAAUAGUUUUAAAAAAUUUGAUUACAAAUAUAUCAAAAUUGGAUAAUUAUGCAUGUAAUAAAUUAAUAUUUGCAAUUUUACAAUACGAUUGGUUAAAAUAUUCAGAUAAAAAUAGUGAAGAAUAUGCAAACUUUAUUGAUUUAUAUUCACAUUUCCUUAUAGUUUUGGUUUCAACAUUUCCAAAAUAUUUAUAUGAUGUUAAUAAUAAAUUAAUCGGUGAAUUUCAAAUAAUAAAUGGAAAUGAUGUCACUUUUUCAAUUCAUCAUCAAACUUUACAAAAGAUAAUAAGAUAUUUACCAACUUGUAUAAAUUCAAUACCACAAAUUUUACAAAAAAACUUUCCACAUCAUAUAACUUCAGCGAAUCAUGAGUUGACAAAUUAUGUUUUUAAUUUAAUACAUAUAAUAAGUUAUUGUUCUGAUUUACAGUUUAGUAUAUGGCAAUUGAUACUUGAAUGUUGUAUUAAAUUGGAUGUUGAAUUACAAAAUGAAUUGGAUGAUUUAGAUGAUGAUGUAAUUGAAGAAUUAAUAAAUGGGAAAGAAGAUGAUGAAGAAUUAUUAGAAAGUAAUUCAGUUAAGUCUGAUCUGGAAAAUGAUUCCGAUUCCGAUUCUGAUUCUGAUGAUGAUAUGGGUGAAGUUGAAUGGGUUGAAAAUCCAAGAAAUACAACUGCAAAUAUAAAAUCAUUACUGUCAAAAUUGGAUAAAAUAAUAUCACUUUUGUUAAAUAGUACAUCUAAAUCAUUUACAAAAGAAGAAAUAGAUAAUGGUAAUGGCAUAACAUUAUUCAAUACCAUCACAUCAUUAUUUAAAAGUCAUAUUUUACCCACUCAUUUCACAAAAUCUAUACAAUUUAUACUAUUUCAUAUCACUCAAUAUCAACCUGAAUUGGCAGAUUCUUAUUUAGUUUUAUUAGUAGAUGUGGCAUUUAAUACUAGUGAAAUUUUAGAGAAAAGAUUAAAAGCAUUGCAGUAUUUAUCAUCAUAUAUUGCAAGAGCAAGACAAUUGACAAAACAUCAAAUAUUAUUCAUUGUAAGUUUUUUAAGUACUUGGUUAAAUAAUUAUAUAAGUGAAAGAGAAUCAGAAGUUUUAGAUACUAAAAAUCAACAAUCUGGAGGUAUGGAAAGAUUUAAAUUAUUUUAUGCUGCUUUUCAAGCUUUAUUAUAUAUAUUUUGUUUUAGACAUGAAUCAUUAUAUAAAAAAACAUUUGAUAAAAAUUCCAAUUCAGAAUGGGAAUGUGAUUUAGAUAAAUUUUUUCAAAGAGUUAUAAUUGCAAAAUUUAAUCCAUUAAAAUACUGUGAUGAAACUGUUGUUUAUAUAUUUGCAAAAAUUGCAACUAAAUUAAAUGUUUGUUAUUGUUAUUCAAUAAUUGAACAUAAUAAAAGAGAAAGAAUGUUACAAAAUAAUGGUUCAGUAGUAUUACCUUCAGCAGUUGGAAAUUUUAAACAAAAGCAAGAAUUUUUAGAUUUAGAAGCAUAUUUCCCAUUUGAUCCAUUAGUAUUACCAAAUAGUAAAAAAAUUAUUAGUGAUAAUUAUGUUGAAUGGUCAGAAGUAAAUCCAGAAGAAGAUGAUGAAGAUGUUGGUACUAGUUCACAUUUAGAUGAAGAUGAAGAUGAAGAUGAAGAAGAUGAUAGUUCGAGCAGUGAUAGUUCAAAUGACUCAGACUCAGAAUCAGAUGACUCGGACCUGGACAGUGAAUAG